AUGCUGAACGCGUCGCGCGAAGACGCCCGCGCGGACGGCUCGUACUUCGACUCGUACGGCGGCGUCGGGAUCCACCGCGAGAUGAUCGCGGACGAGACGCGCACGGGCGCGUAUCUCGCCGCGAUCGAGGCGCACGCGGACGAGCUGCGAGGCAAGGUGGUCCUCGACGUCGGAUGCGGCACCGGGAUCUUAGCCAUGUUCGCCGCGAGGGCGGGCGCGAGAAAAGUUUACGCCGUUGAGGCCAGCGGCGUCGCGAAGCACGCGCGCAGGAUCGUCAAGGACAACGGGCUCGACGGCGUCGUGGAGGUCAUACGAGGCCGGAUGGAGGACAUCGGCGAGGACGAGAUCGUGGAGAAGGUGGACUGCGUGUUAUCCGAGUGGAUGGGAUACGCGUUGCUCUUCGAGAGCAUGCUGCCGUCGGUGAUCGACGCGCGGGAUCGGUUCAUGAAGCCCGGGGGGUUGGUGUUGCCGAACGUCGCGACGAUUCACGUCGCCGCGUUGUCGGAUAUGAAGCGGUACGACGACGCCGUCGGGUUCUGGGACGACGUGUACGGUUUCGACUUCUCGUCGCUCGCGGCGCGGACGCGGCGGGAUUGGAGCGACGAUCCGCCGGUGUCGACGGUGCCGCGGGAGCGCGUCGUCUCCGACGCCGCGGAAGUCGCGCGGAUCGACUGCGCGACGGUGCGGUUUGAAGACCUUUUCGAGCCGACGGACGGCGCGUUCGAGCUCGUGAUGGUAAACGGGCUCGUGCUCUGGUUCGACGUCGACUUCUACGGCCACGCGUCGCUGUCGACGUCCCCGAUGAAGCCCAAGACGCACUGGUACCAGACGAUCUUGAUGUUCGAGCGGCCGCACGCGUUGACGCGCGGCGAUCGAAUAGUCGGCGCGCUGUCCACCGCGCCCGGCGCGAAACCGGGGACGAAGGCGCGUCCUCCUUCCUUCCUCGCGCCGACUGGUCCCCGCGCGACCGCGUCCGCGCGGCGGCGCGCGCCGUUCCUCGAGGGCUCUCUCUCCCGCCGCGCGCUACCCCUCUCUCCGCCCGCUACCCCUCGCUUUCGAUCCCGACGCGCGUCUCUCUCCGCCCGCCUUUCGACUCCGCUUCGCUUCUGA